GCCGUUGAGCGCAACGUUGGGCGUUGCAAGUCUUCGGUCGGCGACGAGGAUAUAGCACAGGCACAACAUGCUUCGCCGCCACGAGAUGGCAUUGCUGUGCACCAUUGGCACCCUGCUCUGUUACGCGGACCGCACCAAUAUCAGCGUAGCCCUGCCGUCGUUCGAACCGGACCAUGCAAUGCAAGGCCGUGUCCUGUCGGCAUUCUUCUACGGCUACAUUUGUACGCAAGUGCUGGGAGCACACUGGGCGUUGUUGCACGGUCCCAAGCGCGUUCUGUUGAUUGGAGUCGCCGUGUGGACGCUUUUCGAUUUGUUAACUAUCCCGACGGCACGUACACCAACUUUGCUGUGGUUUGUCCGCGCCGGCAUGGGACUUGGAGAAGGCAUCUUGUUUCCUUCGCUUCAUGUCGUGGCGGCGUCGUGGUACCCCGUCAACGAACGCAGCCGACUCAUGUCGUUGGUGUCGAGUGGCGUUGAUCUCGGCACGAUCUUGUCCAUGGCGGUCGCGCCGCUGCUUCUCAGCGCAUUCGGCUGGCCGAGCAUCUUCGUCACGUUUGGUGGCUUGAGCGCACUUUGGCUGGUCGCAUUCUUGUGGCGAGGAAGCAGCAAGCCCGAGAUGGACAAGGCCAUUUCACUCACAGAGAAGGCCACCAUUUUGGCCCAACGCGACGUCUUUAACCAUAAGCUGGUGGCGCUCCAGGCGGUAUCAAGUCGCCGCCUGUUGACGAGCCGAGGGGCGUGGGCAAUUUACAGCGCACAUUUUGCCUUCAACUUUGGCUGGUAUGUAUUGCUAGGGUGGAUGCCUCUGUACUUUCGAGAAAAGCUGCACGUGCCAGUGGCCACAAGCGGCUUCACUUCUGCGUGCCCAUACAUUGCCGGGUACAUCGGCGUUCUCGUUUGGGGUAUCGUAUCGGACAAGUGGAUUCAAAUGGGCCAUAAACCACUCGUCGUACGGAAAAUCAUGAACGCGGUGGGCCUUGUCGGCGCCGCGGUCUGCUUUGGUCUGAUGCGCUUCACGCAUUCAACGGCCAUGGCUGUGGUUGUGCUCAGCCUCGCACUAUUCUUCGGCCGCGCGGCUACGUUGGGAUACUGGGUCCACAUGGUCGAUGUCUCGCCUACUCAUGCCGGCCAUAUUAUGGGAAUCAGCAACACCAUUGGGACCGUGCCUGGCAUCGUCGGCAACAUAUUCACGGGCUGGAUGCUUGCGCGCAGUGAGCACAACUGGGACAUCGUGUUUGGAGUGGUCGCGGGGGUGCUUUUGUGCGGCGCGGCAAUCUUUCAUGUGUGGGCCACGGAGCACUUGGACGAGGACGACAACGGCAGCCACGCGAAGAAAGACUACAUGAACAAGCUCCUACUCGACGACGACGACGGGCUCCACUUAGAGCGAGACGAGUUUUUUAUUUGAAUGGAGGACAUUCUUGGCGUAAA